AUGUUGCUCUUCUGCCCCCAUUGCGCAAACAUUCUCACUGUCUCCCUCACCAGCACGCGGACCAAUCGACUCGAGUGCCGCACAUGUCCCUUCGAACACCAUAUUACCGAGCCUGUCUUUUCGCGACGAUUGUACGAACGUGUCGAGAGAGAAGAUGUCUUUGGUGGUCCCGGCGCCUGGGACAAUGCGCAGAAGGGUCCUGCUCAGUGCCCUGCUGAUGGAUGCGAUGGCGAGGAAGCCGCCUUCUUCCAAGUCCAGAUUCGCAGUGCUGAUGAGCCUAUGACCAGCUUUUUCAAGUGCAUGUCCUGCGGUCACCGGUGGAGAGAAAACUGA